CUUAUAUUUUUGAGGUAAAAUAUCAAGUUUUUUUUCAAUUAAUUUUAUUUACAUAUUGGUAUAGAAAUAAAAAAUAAAAUUGAAAUUGUCCUUCUUUGCCAAGAGUUAGUUAGAGGAUAUAAAAGGAAAGGAAUCAGUCCAAGGUGUAUUAUGAAAUUGGAUUUGAGGAAGGCAUAUGACUCUGUUAGCUGGAAGAGCUUGCUUCAGAUUAUGGAUGCUUUGAAGUUCCCUAAUAAGUUUAUUGACUGGAUCAGGUUCUGUGUUACUAGUGCAGCCUAUUCAGUACUACUUGAUGAUGACCUUAUUGUGGCUUGUAGGGGUGAUCUCCCUUCUAUUGACUGUGUACUAGCUGGCCUUAAUCAUUUCAAACAAACCACAAGUUUGCAACUCAAUUAUGAUAAGUCCCAGGUGUAUGUGGGUGGGGUCUCUGAUACUAUACUGGAAAGUAUCCUGCAUAAGACAAAUAUGUCCUUAGGAUCCUUCCCAUUCAGAUAUUUGGGAGCUCCUAUCUCAGAUUCUCGCAUUAGUGAGAAAGAAUGUGAUAAACUGGUUGAAAAAAUGUCCCUGAAAAUAACUUCUUGGGCUACUAAGCAUCUUUCUUAUGCAGGGAGAACUAAGCUGAUCAACUCAGUCCUCUAUGGUAUUGCUAAUUUUUGGAGUAGGAUCUUUGUACUGCCAAAUUCAGUCAUGAGAAAGGUAAUGGCAUUGUGCAGAAAUUUCCUUUGGAGUUCUGGUCCAGUACACAGAAGAUGCCCCUUAAUCAAAUGGGAGGAAGUGUGCCUUCCCAAACAGGAGGGGGGGCUUGGGCUUAAAAAUCUGCUAUUCUGGAAUCAAGCUUGCUCAAUGAAACUCUUAUGGGAUAUUGCUAAUAAGAAGGACUCACUGUGGGUUAGAUGGGUGCACAGCAAAUACCUCAAGCAAGGAACAAUCUGGGAAUGCAAUGUGAAGAAUGAUGACUGUUACUACUGGAAAAAACUGAUCCAAAAUAGAAGGCUUUUUGUGGGGAUGAACACAGCCAAUGGCUACACUGUGAAGGAGGGCUACAACUGGCUUAAAGGAAUCAGGAUGAAAGUGGACUGGGCAGAGGUGGUCUGGAGCAGAUGGCUGAUUCCGUUAAGGAACUGGAGAAGAAGAUGGAGCUGGGAAGAGGCAGGAAACAGAAAUGGCGCAUGGCUGCAUACAUUACAACAUGUUGCUAUUUUAUCUGGAAGGCUAGAAACGAGAAGAUUUAUAAGGGCAAAAGAAUCAAGGAGGAAUUUACAUUUCGGUGUAUUAGUGAAAUUGUUGGUUUAUCACUUGAGGGUAAAAGGGUAGGGAAAAGGAUUUAGAUGGUUUUUUGGAGGUUUUAGAUUGGUUUAGUUUGUAUGGGGUUAGUCUAUUGUUAUUACUGUUGUGUUUGGAAUAAAGAUUUAUUUGUGCU